AUGUUGAGAGAGAUCACAAGAGAAGGAAAAGGAAGAGGAGGAGCAACCAAGUGCCAAGACUGUGGGAACCAAGCAAAGAAGGGUUGCGAAUUCAUUAGAUGCAGAACUUGCUGUAACAACAAAGGCUUUCGCUGCCAAACUCAUAUCAGCAGCACUUGGGUUCGCACCAGUAGGAGGCGCCCUCUUCAUCAACCUCAACCACAAACCCUCGCUCAAAAUAAUAAUCCAUCUCCAGGAUUAGAGGAAUUGAAUAAGCUUCCGGCUGUGAUGAGUUCGACGGCAGUGUUUCGGUGCGUUCGGGUGCGUUCUGAGGAUGAUACGGUUGACGAAUACGCAUAUCAAACGUCUGUGAAUGUAGGAGGGCGUGUGUUUAGUGGUGUUCUUUACGAUCAAGGCCCUGGAAGCUUCUACUAUAACAACGUUGUUGGUCAAAGUUCAAAAGGCCCUCUUAAUCUGAUUCAUAAUCAUCCUCAAAAUCAGCACGACCAUUUCGUCGGCAGUUCGAUGAUGCAAUCCCAUGAUGAUGCUCCCACCGUGCGUCCUCCAUUAAUAAUGCCACCCUCUUCUGCUGACCAUUUUUCUUCUUCCUCCUAUCCUCUUUCACUUGGAACCUUUAGGCCUGCUAUAUCAUAUUUUCCUCAACCAAAGACUUCGUAGUUUUCUCUUGGCCUGGGCCUUCAAUAACAGGCAUGAAGAUUUAUUUGACAAGGUGUGGAGAAUAGAUGCAGGAAGAAUUAAUGUGCUGUUGGUUAUGUUACUAAUUAAACUCUUGAUGGCGCUU